AUGGAAAAAAUAGCUCGUUCUACUCCAACUAAGAAGAUCAAGGUUCUGAAUAAGAGAACCAAGACUAUGCAGCAAGAUAUGGCAGAGCUAGCAGGUUCCGUGAAGACCAUUGCUAAAGCUAUAGAGAAGCCGAACAAAUCCAGUCAUGAAGUUGAUGUACGAAGGUUCAAUAAAUCUUUAGGUAAUGACUUCAUAUUUCAUGGAACCGAGGAACCAACUGAUGCUGAAAAGUGGUUGCUGGGUAUAAAGAAAGAAUUGAAAGUUAUGUUGGUUUCAGAGGAAGACAAAGUGAGAUUUGUUACAUACAUGUUCUAUGGGGAUGCGGAUUUUUGGUGGAGCUCCACUGAGAGAAUGGAAAAUGUAUCACGGAUGUCUUGGGAAAGAUUUGAGGAGUUGUUUUUAGAGAAAUAUUUCCCACCGACUGCUCAAGCUGCAAAAUGUAUGGAGUUUGCAUUAUUGGAGCAGGGGGAUAUGUCAGUAACUCAGUUAGAUAAGAAGUUUGCAGAGUUAGAACGACAUGGACAACAUUUGGUACCGACCCAGGAGCUGAGGGCUCGUAAGCUAGAGUGUGCUUUGAAGGGACCCAUUCGAGAUAGGGUGGUCAGUCAUAACCAUAACACGUAUGCUGCAGUCUUAAAAUCUGCGUUGGCUGUUGAAGCUAGUUGGGCUAAAACACUGAAAGAGAGAGAAUCUCGUGAAAAGAAGAAGAAGGUGAAACAAAACCCACAAGCACGACAUAAGCGACCACGUACCGAAUCUCCGGUGAAGAAGGAGAAGAAGUCUGGGACAGAGUGUUAUAAUUGUAGAGAGGAAGGUCAUUACGCCAGAGAUUGCCCCCAUCCACAGAGGCAGAGACCACAGAACACGAAUCAGCCACGUAAUCAGAAUGUUGGUAAUAGACCGCAAAACCAGCCACAUAGUCAGAAUGUUGGUGGUAGACCUCAGAAUCAGCCACGUACUAACGCACCGCCAUUCCAGCCGAGGCAACCAAAUGUCCAAGGGAAGCUUAACUAUGUUGCAGAGGUUAGAGGAGAAGCACAGAACUCCGUUAUCGAGGGUAACUUCUUAAUUUUCAGUUCUCGUGCUAAAGUUUUGUUUGAUACUGGUGCUACCCAUUCGUUUAUAUCUCUUCACCUAGCUGCGUAUAUAGGUUUAAGUGUUGAUCCUUUAGGGUUUAAUUUGAAUGUGUCUUCACCACUUGGGAGUUUGGUUACUAUCAGUAAGGUAUGUAAGAAUUGUGAGUUAACUCUUGGUGACCGUAGGGUGAGUAUAGAUCUUAUACCACUGAAAAUGCAAGAGUAUGACGUUAUUGUGGGUAUGGAUUGGAUGUCAUACAAUCAUGCCACAUUGCGUUGUUCUGAAAAGAAGAUUUAUUUCGUGACAACGAGUGGGAAUCGUGUGUUCGUGCAAGGGGAAAGGUGGAAAUUCAUUACUCCAUCUCUUCCUGGGAAAAAGAGACGAAACGAAACAGAGGAAUAUAUUGGUUACUUGGCGUAUCUAGACGAGGAGGACACCAACACCAAGGUGACAGAAGAAGCAAGGAUUGUUCGAGAUUUUCCAGAUGUCUUUCCAGAAGCAUUGCCAGGAUUGCCACCAAGGAGAGAGGUUGACUUCGUGAUCGAAACCAAGCACAUCACCAUGGAGAGCCCCAGUUUUGUUUGUUCUGAAAAAGAAUAA